AUUUUCUCUCUCAUUUCUUUCUCUCUUAUGAAAAAUCUAUUGAACCCAAAAAGAGAGAACUUUUUUUCUUGGUUUGUGUUUUCAUUUUGUUGUGGUUUUCUGAAGCGAAGUGAAAAAUUCAAUGGCGGAGGUUUUAACCAAGGCGAGUUUGGUUUCAUCUUCUUGGCAUGGGGUUAGUCAACGGCAUCAUCAUCGAAGGGUUUCAACGGUUCUUUCAAAUAAUACAUGUAGCUUCCGUUCCGGCGUGGGAAAGUUCUCUUCUUUGAAGAUGAAUUCUCAGGUUCUCAGAUCUUGGUCCUCUUCUUCUGAGUUUCAGGGUAAAAAGCUUGUCUUUCAUGUAAAUAGAGGAUUACCCAAUAGGGUCAAUUCGCGGUUGAGAGCUUCUACUGGGACUCAGAUGAACCUUAGACUAGGGAAAGUUCAGAAAUGGUGGGAAAAGGGGCUUCAACCCAACAUGAAAGAGGUGACUUCAGCACAAGACUUUGUGGAUUCACUGUUAAACGCAGGGGACAAGUUGGUGGUGGUUGAUUUCUUCUCUCCUGGUUGUGGUGGCUGCAAAGCCCUUCAUCCUAAGAUAUGCCAAUUUGCAGAGAUGAAUCCUGAUGUUCAGUUCCUUCAGGUGAACUAUGAGGAGCAUAAGUCCAUGUGUUAUAGCCUUAAUGUCCAUGUUCUUCCCUUCUUCCGAUUCUAUAGAGGCGCUCACGGUCGAUUAUGUAGCUUUAGCUGCACCAAUGCCACGAUCAAGAAGUUCAAAGAUGCAUUAGCCAAACACACCCCAGACAGAUGCAGCUUAGGCCCAACCAUAGGGUUAGAGGAGAAAGAACUCGAAGCUCUUGCUGCCAACAAAGAUCUUUCCUUCACCUACUCACCAAAACCAUUACAACCUUCACAUGAAAACGAAGAGUUGGCAACCGAAACUGCUUCUGCUCCGGCUCUUGGUUCAGGAUCUCUUCCUUCACCUUCAAUGACCCUCAAUGCUGUGGCCUCUAAUGAGAGAACCUUGACCACUUCUGGGAGAUGAUGUGGUCAGUUUGUGAGCAAAACGCAUUUUCUGACCCUAUCCCUUGUACAGUGUAGAUUUUGGUUUGGUGAAGAUGUCAUAUUGAUAGUGUGUAUUCCUCAAAGGCAUGUUUAUUUUAAUCCAUGCCUUGCUGAGGUUAGAGAAAAUUAGAAGCUGUAGGAAAUUAUUAGUUAAUGGUAUUUUUUUUUUAUGUAUGAGGGAAUCGUUUCCUAUCCUAUUGUUGUAAAAUGAAUGCCAUUUUAUUCACCAAUGGAUAUUUUGUUUCUUUUUCUAAGCCAA